AUGGCACGACCGGAGACACCCGAAGCCGCUGAGGAUCAUAUCAAAGCAAUCAGAAAGGCAAAUGGAUUUGAUGCUGAGCCAGGUGUUGCAGGCAGCAUUGUCCAUGCCCUGGAUAAAUCUCUUUCCAUCAUAUCCGAGGAGCUCUAUCAGAACUCAAGCCGUUUUCUGAUGGAGAUAUUGCAAAACGCCGACGAUUGUUCUUACGAUGACCCGACUCCAACCAUGGAGCUCACCUACCGGAACGGUCGCCUCCGUAUCGACUACAAUGAAGUUGGCUUCACGAGGCACGAUGUAGAGGCGCUGUGUAGCAUUUCGAGCACAAAGUUAAAAUCCAUGAACCAAACUGGUGAGAAGGGGAUCGGCUUCAAAUCCGUCUUCAAGAUGUCCCGCCAUGCACAGGUGCUCUCUGGUCAUUACUCAUUUGCAUUUGAUGCGAAGCGGGCAUUGGGCACAAUAACUCCCGAGUGGGUAGUCAACGCUGCUAAAAGGCGUCCUGGCUUCACCUCGAUUCUACUACAGAUACAAGAAGAACGCAAGCAAGACGAACUGAUCAAAGAGUUAAAGGCCCUGGGGCAUAAGCAUCUAGUCUUCCUGAGGAGGUUGAGGCAAAUCAAUAUCACCAUUGAUGAUAACCAGGGCAAAACCUGGGAAACUAAGCUUCAUCGAGAAGACAAAGACUCUGCUACAGGACACCGCCGUAUUAUCACAUCAAGUCACGAUAGCCAGACUUUGGAGUACUGGAUUUAUCCGCAUAUUGUAAAGACACUGCCUCCGGAGCCAAAACGCGAACAUCACACGGAAACUACAAUUGUGCUAGCUUUUCCGGUCAGAGGGGAGGCCAAUCAUGAGCCUGUAGUUGAACAGCAAGAUACGUAUGCUGUUCAUCCCAUAAAAGACUACGGAUUCAAGUUCUUAGUUAACGCGGAUUUCUUACUCGUUGCUAGUCGCCAGGACGUAGAUGCCUCGUCCAAGUGGAACGAGACACUUCGAACCUCCAUUUGGGAUGCGUUUCAGGGAGCGUUGAAGCAUCUGAGCGUCGGGCCUUUACGACACACUUGGCUACGAUACAUCUCUACCCCCCAUUACCUUUCCGGCUUCUUUUGGGCCCUUGGCUAUGAUAUGAGGCAGAGGCUUCAGGAAAUCCCCAUCGUUGAGACCGCCAAAGGGGAGAUGAUUAUGCCGCUGUUGGCGCGUUACGUGCCACCCCUGCUGCGAGAUCAGGACCAUACACCACUGACGCUUGGUCCAUUAACUGAGUCAAGGUACGUGUCGAAACAAUAUUGCGAUUCGGAUUGGAAGUUUCUCGAAAAUCUUAAUGUCCAAAAGCUGUCGGAUGAGGACUUCUUGGGCGAUCUUCACCAACUCCUCUCACAAGGCAACUGUGCUGCCGAGAAACCCGAGCUGUGGCAUGUGCAGAUCGCAAAAGUCUUGAUGGGGUUUUACCGAGAUAAGAACAAGAUCAAAGAGCUACCUUUGAUUCCGGUAAAUGGCGGGGGAUGGGUAUCAGCCUCAACAGAGAACAUAUUUUUCCGCAACAGCGAGAAUCAUACUGCCCUCGGUGAUCUUGGGGUAUCCUUCGUUGAUCAAAACGCGGCACAGAAUGAUGAUCGUAAAGCCCUCUUCAAGAUGCUUGACAUCGUCGAGCUAUCUAACACAAGAAUUCAAAGCUUGAUCCUGAAGAAACACUCCGAGACUAAGCGCUCACUGCUGCCAGCUGCACAUGUCUUGGUGUCGCACGCUGUGUCUCUCUUUCGUUCGAGAUGGCAAUCCGGACCCUCUUCGAGAACACUUGGCCCGUUAUGGGUUGUAACUACGACGGGGGAAUACCGGCACGCCCAUAAAGUCUAUCUCAAGGGUGAGUGGGCAUACUACACCCACCCGUGCUUUACCGAGUUCCGGCGAAAGUUUCCCUUCUUACAUGAGGACUAUGAUUCGGCAGUAAAGCCAGAAGAGACGGGGGAUUGGAUUAGUUGGCUUUGCAAGGAAUUGGGAGUGCAAAAUGUCUCACAAAUGACGCCAAAGCUUCAGAAAUUGGUUGUUGAGAAACACUCCAAAGCCGACCCUACAGAUCUACCUGCCCAAGACCUCAUUGUAUCGCAUGCAAACUUCCUCUUCCAGACUGAAUGGGUUUCAAAUGAUCCGCCUCCACCAUUUUAUGUAGUCACUGAAGCAGGGGCGUAUGUCCGGGCAAAGGAUGUGUACAUUGAUACAUCCACGCAACAGUCCUUUGGCAAAUACUUUGACGAUUUUCGACAGAGAUGCCAAUUUUUGCAUAGGAAAUACUACUCUGCAGUGAAGACGGAAGAAAAGGAGCGUUGGCUGAAAUGGCUCCACGAGAGAAUAGGAGUGCAAGAUACCUCUAGACUUGUUCCGAAGCUCGCAGAAUUAACCUAUCGGGAAUGCUCAGAAUCCAGCCAAGCACAGCUACCUGCUGGUCAUGUCUUGAUAUCGCAUACGGUCUUUUUGUUCCGCGCGAAGUGGAAGAAACCUGAGUCACACGGGGACAAAUUUUGGGUCUUCACCGAAGUCGGGCAGUACAUGCCAGCCCAGCAGGUCUACCUUGAUACCGCCCAACAGUCUUCCACCAGAGAAUGGUAUAAGCGGUUCCGCAAAGAGCAUCAUUUCUUGCACCUGGACUAUUAUGAUGCAGUGAAGCCAGAAGAAAGACAAACUUGGCUUACUUGGCUCGGUAGGCAACUUGGCUUAUGGGAGGUGCCCCGACUCGUUGAUGGUUCAGAUCCAGCCAUGCUGUCAUCGGAUUUUCGGCAGAUUCUGGACUCUUGGACGUCAAAGGAGUUCCUAAUGCUUCUCAAAGACGAAUGGAGCAGCUACGUACGCUUCUUGGACGGUCAAAUUCAAAUUAUUGAGUCACGUCAAAACGGGGCUGAUAAGGUGUUAGGAUAUACACAUAGCACCGCCUUGCGCGAUCAGAUAGGAUCUGCGAAGGUCAAAUGUCGUGAUGGACUCACCUACCCGCUCCACAAUACUUUCACCAUCAACUUUCUGCCGAGUGGUACGGAUGCAGCAAUACUGUCUCUGCAUCCAUUGCUCGAGAUUCCAGAAUCUCAGAGCGCAGAUUGGGCGUUCCUGGAGAAACUUGGCGUGACCAUGAAGGAAAGUGUCGCCGUGUAUCUCGAAACAUUGAAAAAAGUCCGGGGCUCAGUGGUAUCUCUGAAGUUCAUCUCAUGGUUGUAUGGCCAAAUUCAAGAGAAGGAUGGUAAGGAGCCAGGUAAUUUGACGUAA